AUGGCUUUCAACAAGAAAUAUGCUGGUCUUCCAGAUCUGGACCCCGCUCCAGAUAUCUACGAGACCCCUGACCUUACCGACGAAGCGUCCACCGUUCCCACUGGCACCAUUCGCACAGACUCAGACCACGAUGACGCCGGUUCCAGCUCCGACAUCGACCGGGAAGCAGUCAACGCCGACCAGGCGCGCGCACAUUUCAUGGGAGCCACAGUCGACGCUCGCGAUACCAAUUUCUCGGACAAUAUCGCAAUGAAACGGCAAGCGUAUCGCAGCAAAGAUAAAAGCCAGCGCCGACGGCGGAGACGUGAAGACGGCACCGAAGAGGUCGGAGAUUUGAGCGACAGCGAGGACGAGUCGAUUGAGCGGCGAUUGACUCGUCUGCGACGAGAGGUGGAGGACUUGAAGAUGGAAAUGGCAAAUAAGUCGGCUUUGGAGAAAACGGUCGUGGAGAGUAAACCUGCGGUGACAUCUCAAGAGGGAGGAGACUUGGGCGACGGAGUAGCGGAGCUGAGUCGGGCAUUGGACAACCUGCACGCUUCGUCACGAGGUGUUCCCAAUGCCUCUUACUCGGCGGCUGCUUUGCUCACCCAAAAACUCGGAUCAGAGUCAUCGGCGCUCAACAAAGUGGAUGGUCAAAAUCAAUCGAAAUCUCAGCCCGAUGGACGGACGGCGGCUGUUACUGUUCCACAGGCACAAGCAGGCCUGCCCACUACCGGGAUUCUUUCUCAUGCGGCGGCAUUCGAGAGCCGGUUGGCACUCCUCGAAGCAUCAAUGGGAAUCUCAAGUGCUUCCAACCCGUUCGUCGGAGAUGGACUCAGCGAGCCUGCCCUGCAACCUGUUCUUCCCGCUCUUGACCAGCUGACCUCACACCUCGGCGCUCUUACUGGUCUUCUUGUGGGAACUAACCCAACAUCUGGAACACCAGCUACUGUGCCCGGAAUGACGACCCCACAUCUCGAAGCACUCUCGUCCCGCGUCCGCAAGUUGACGACAGACGCUGAGGCACUGGCAUCAGCACGCAAGCGCGCCGCGGAUGCCUCCAAAACUUCGCAAACAGCUCGCAUCACCUCUACAGAAGAUGCUGUUGCGCCAGGCUCUGACGGUCCUUCUGCUGAUGAUCAACAUACCGCCAAGAUCCACGCUCUGUACGCUACUCUCCCGACCAUCCAGUCCUUGCACCCUCUCCUUCCCAGUGUCCUAGAGCGUCUGCGCUCUCUGCGCGCCUGUCAUUCCGGUGCCGCGCAAGCGGCAGACUCACUGAAUGACCUGGAAAAGAGACACGCAGAAAUGUCCUCGGAAAUUGAGCAGUGGCGCGAGGGUCUUGCGGCUGUCGAAGAGAAGAUGAGCCAAGGCGAGUCGGUGCUACGCUCGAACGUCGAGACAGUUGAACCUUGGGUGCGCGAGCUGGAAUCUCGUAUGGCGAGGUUGGAGGGUCCACCUGGUGGUUUGUAA